CUUUAGUAGCCGUCUGCCAGUUUGGUGGUGGCUGGUUGACGCCUCCUUGUUCUUACUUACAUCCACCCUCUAUGCUUGCCGGGUCCUGAUUAUGAUGCCGUCCCUCCUCUUCUACUCGGUCUCCCUCGUCUCUCGCACCACCGCAGAUUAUACCGGUAGCGGUAGUGAUAGUGUGCAGCAUGGACCCAGCGACAAAACGACGCGGAUCGUCGUUGGCGUUGUUGUGGGUGGUGUGGCGGCUAUUGCGAUCACCGCAGGAAUAAUCUUCUUCUUUAUGAAAAAGCGCAAAUGGGACCGCAUACGACAAUGCGAGGAACGGCUGAUCGAUUACCAGUUGACCACGGGGUACUCGUCGAAACUCCAGUCAAGAUCUGUCACGCCGGAGGAUUAUCUGAGUAUGGUGACUUCGUCGCCGCCGGCGGCAUCGACAGUGACAACGUAUGCGUAUGACCCGAGCGCCAUAGCAGCAGGACAAGGACAAGGUCACGGACAAGGGAAUGGGACAGGGUCACGAGCAAGAGGGAUGUCCGCGCCGGCUUCAACAACUCUCUCCAAUUCAACAGCAACUGUAUCCCCAGAAGCACCACCACCCGCAUAUCAGUCCCUCCAUCAGCGCUACGACCCCUCGCGGUACUCGCAAAUCAGCACGAGGUUUUCGUCAUCCUUUGAUAUGCCGAGGUCAAGUACCAGUACGUUCGGCAAUGGGAUUGGGAAUGCAGCAGCAGCGACGCCAAUGACUGGGGGAUAUUCUGUGCUGGGGGUCCAGGGCUACAACCCUAGUCUGGGGGUGCAGCAACAACAAGGGUUGCAGUUUCCGCAGCAUCAGUAUCAUCCUGGGUCCCAGCCGGCGGCGAACUGGCCAUCUUCGUCAUCGGCCGUACCUACGACUACCACGGGCACAGCUGCGUCAUCAGCACCAAACAUCGCACCUGUAGCCACGAGAGGAUCCAGGUCUCAGUCUGAGUCAGGAGAACGAGGACCCCGCCGUCCACGGCCGGUGUUGUCUCGCCUCAUAACGAAUCUUUGA